AUGGAGAUCCAUUUACCUGAAGAGGUGGUGAGGUAUAUCUUCUCCUUUCUGGAAGCAUCCAGCUUGCUACAGGUUUCUCAAGUGAACAAGUUUUGGAAUAGUGUUGCAGACAGUGAACAUCUGUGGAGAAAACUGUGUCUGAAGAGAUGGGGCUUCUGGGACUUCACCUGUAAGUGUCUGGGCACACAGACAUGGAAGCAAUCUUUCCUCCACCGCAUAAAGAAGGAACGUCGGAUGGCAUUGGCACAACCUGAUGACUUUAUCUACAAAGAAACCAGUGGGGACUUUGGAGUCUUUGAAGAGUUGGCUUAUCUCUCAGGGAAGAACCUCAGAAUAGAUGAAAAAGAGAAGUCAAUUAUUUGUAUUACAACUUCCAAGCACGUGCUUUAUGCCUGGGAUGUGCAAGAGGUUGGUAUUUCCGCAGGUGACAUCUACACAUUUACAGUGCCUGAUUUAACGACUGUUUCGCACAUUAAUGCGUUUGAAUACAGUAUGAAUCUUCUAUAUUGUUCUCCUGACAAGAACUGGGUCUUUGCGUGUAGGACACAUCAACAUGUACUGCCAAAGGUAUUUUUCACAGAGAGCUUACUGAGACCAUCAGAAGGCAGCACCCCUCUGUCUUGCUCUCUCUCAUUUUCAUCAUGCUGCGGAGCCUGCUGGACUCCAAGGAAGGAAAGUACGAUAACGCUGAUGUUCCGAAAAAGCACUACCAGAAGGAUGGGAUUUGCCACCUUUGAUAUAACAAUGAAGAAGACUGGGGACAAAACAGAAAUCCAGGUGGAUAUGAGUCUUUCUCUGUGGAUGGGAAUCAGUCCUGAAAAUCUGAUUGUCUGUGAGAGUGGGCCAUGCUUAUUCCUCUUCACCAUCAGUGGCCUCCUGCUGCAACAGUUUGAGAACUACCAGACAAACAUCAGCUUAUGGGCGGAUUCUCUUCAUGUUGUCACCGUGUCCGUGGAUAACUCUUUGCAUAUGUACAUGUGGGAGGAGGAAGGCCGCUAUCCGUACCUCAAGAGCUGCUGUCACCUAGCACACAAGCAGCACAGGGAGCUGCAGUACGAGUAA